AUGGAUCUUUGGCACCCCAAACCGGUCCACCCGAUUAAUUACGGAUGCGUAUGUGAUGCUAUUUUCGGCUUGAACUUUUCCACACUUGACUGGAAGUUCCGCCACCAAGGUGAUUUAUUACGCAGCUUCCCCCUGGUGACCACCUUGCAAAUUCAACAGCACGAUCCAGAACUGGAUGCUGACAAGAGGAGUAUCACCAACCACCCACUGUAUCCACUGCUGGCGAAACUGUUGCAACAGUGUGAACUGGCUUCAGUUAGGCCAGAUUCGCCCCCAUCACCAGGCGCCUUCGACGACGAAUUGCGGGCCUACGUCCAACACCGGCUGGAACCGGAGAACACUGAUCUCACAAGGCCGAACAAGGGAAAGGAUCUUAAAGAAUACUAUUCGAAUCACUACGAUACUGCUUACAGCUCCUCGCGUGUUGUACGAAAUCCCACUGCUGGGCGAUUUAAACAAGGCGACUCGAAAAAGGCAAGCCGACCUCAGUCGACUGACUGCAGAAUAUACUCCACCGAUAAGUCGCGCGAUUUCGACAAAUCAAUUGACAUGGUAGACCCAGACUACUCUGCUGAAUCUGGGACAAGGGAUCCUGCACAAUUUGACGACAGCAAAAAAUUGCAAGUGUUUGUAGAGGACAGUGAAGUAGACGAAUUGGUGAGUUUAUCAUACAUUUUCGUGGAUUAA